UGUUGGUACGAUAAUGUUCCUAAGGACACUAUCAUUUCAAUCCAUACAAAAAAAACCAAUCCAAAACCAUCAUAUAAACCUCAUUUUCUUCACUCAUUCAUUCAACUACACUUCACAAAACGUUGCACAAAGGAUGAGAGUUUUUGUUAUCCUCGGUUCUUCCAUCAUCACUCCUCCUCCCAACCCACAACCACCAUCUUCAUCAUCAUCUUCUUCCACUCCACAACACCGUCAUACAAUCAAACCCCACAAAACCUCUCUUCAAAAGUUCCCUCCUUUAUCUCCCAAGAACACUUCCACUACUCUUCUUCAAACCCCUCUUUUUCUCAAAGAAUUUGAAACUGUUGAUUCUGAUGUGGAUGCUGAACUCUUAGCUAAUGCUGUUCUUAUGGGUAUUAAAGACAGAAAUGUUAGGACUGUGAUUGAUGCUUUGAAUAAAGUGGAGGAGGGUCUUGGUGAAGUUUCUUUGUCUACUCAUCUUCAUGCUUCUACCAUUGCAAAUGAGUGUUGUCAUAUGGUUUCAUGUGGUCACAUUGAAGAAGCUGUUGAAUUGAUGGAGGUUCUCUCACGUUUCCAGUUAUCAAUUGCACAACUUGUUCGGCCAUCUUACAUUAUAAAAAGAUGUGUUCUUAGUCGUAAACCAACUUUAGCUGUGAGGUAUGCGUCCCUUCUUCCAAAGGCGCACAUAUUAUUUUGCAACAUCAUAUCUGAAUUUGGCAAAAGUAGGGAUUUAGCUUCUGCUCUGAAAGCUUAUGAUGCAAUGAAGAAGAAAUUGGAAAGACCCAAUAUGUACAUAUACCGGGCAAUAAUUGACACUUGUGGUCUCUGUGGCGAUUUCAUGAAAUCUAGGUACAUAUAUGAGGAUUUGCUUAAUCAGGAAAUCACUCCAAAUAUAUAUGUGUUCAACAGUCUCAUGAAUGCGAAUGCCCAUGAUUUCAACUACUCGUUAAAUCUAUAUCAGAAUAUGCAGAAGCUAGGCCUGAAACCAGAUAUGGCAUCCUAUAACAUCCUACUGAAAUCAUGCUGUGUUGCUGGAAGAGUUGACUUGGCCCAAGACAUGUAUAAGGAACUCAAGCAUUUGGAAUCAGUGGGACAUCUUAAAUUAGAUGUUUUUACCUACAGCACAAUUAUAAAGGUUUUUGCAGAUGCAAAAUUGUGGCAAAUGGCUCUAAGAAUCAAGCGUGACAUGCAGUCUGCUGGUGUUUCUCUUAAUACUGUUGCAUGGUCAUCAUUAAUCAGUGCAUGUGCGCAUGCAGGGCUUGUAGAGCAGACAAUUCAGUUAUUUGAAGAAAUGCUGUCGGCAGGCUGUGAACCUAAUACACAGUGUUUCAACAUCAUUUUACAUGCAUGCGUUGAAGGCUGCCAAUAUGACAGGGCUUUUCGGUUUUUCAAUUCUUGGAAGGGAAAUAAGAUGCUAGUGUCCUCUGGUGAAAACUACAAUAGUAAUUCAGAGCAGGGAGAUAUGGAUAAUGUUACCACAUUGCCAAAAGGCAUUUCUAGUUCACAUAUCUUGAAUUUUACUGAGAGGUUCCCUUUCAAACCAACUACGUCAACAUACAAUAUUUUACUGAAGGCCUGUGGUACUAAUUACUAUCAUGCAAAAGCGUUAAUCAACGAGAUGAGAACAGUAGGUCUUUCCCCUAAUCAAAUAAGCUGGUCUAUUUUGAUAGAUAUAUGCGGAGGAUCAGAAAAUGUGGAGGGUGCCAUGGAGAUUUUGAGAACCAUGGUGGAUUCUGGAAUUAAACCUGAUGUUGUUGCAUAUACAACAGCCAUUAAGGUUUGUGUUGAAAGUAAGAAUUUUACGCAAGCAUUAAAAUUAUAUGAAGAAAUGAAAAGCUACGGAACACAUCCAAAUUUGGUGACAUAUAAUACACUUCUAAGGGCACGCAGUAAAUACGGAUCCUUACGUGAAGUGCAACAGUGCUUGGUUGUAUAUCAGGAUAUGCGAAAGGCGGGGUACAAAGCCAAUGACUACUAUCUGGAGGGGCUGAUUGAGGAGUGGUGUGAAGGAGUAAUACAAGACAACGAAGAUUACAAAGGAGAAUAUUCUACCAGCAAGACAUCUGAAAUAGAGAGACCUCAGAGUAUACUUCUUGAAACAAUUGCGGCACAUCUAUUAAAGAGAGUAGCUGACAUCUUGGCAAUUGAUGUUCAAGGACUCACAAAGGUUGAAGCUCGCUUGGUCAUUCUUGCAGUUCUUCGAAUGAUCAAAGAGAACUAUGCUAUUGGGCAUUCGGUGAAUGAUGACAUAUUGAUCAUCAUAGGAGCUACCAAAGCCGAUGAAAGUCCAUCCAAAAACAUAUUAGAAGUGCAAGAGGCCAUGAUGAAACUUCUUAGAAAUGAAUUGGGACUUGAGGUUAUUCCAGCCAGAACCAGAUUUGCACCAAGUGACACACCAAAGUUAAGGACCCCAAAACUUUCAAAUCAAACCAUAGAAGCACUGCCAGGAGAGAAUGCAUUAACCACAACAAUGGGGUUUCACACAAGGAGACCUGCAGUUCUGCAAAGACUGAAGGUCACCAAAAAAUCACUACACCAUUGGUUGCAGAGGAAAGUUUUGGACAACCUCUUUAAUGUUUUUCAGAGUUGAUAAUCUCUUCAUUGUUUAUGUAAGAACCCGUAGGAAUUAUGUACAAAUGUUAGAUAUGCCAUUCUUUUCCUCGCAAUGGCUGCUUCGAUGUGUAUAUAUAAUCAUGGUAUAGCUGCAAAUGUAUUUUGUAUCUAAAAUAUAAACUGUCAUGGAAUAAAAUCAUAUUUUUUCUUCA